UCAUCAAACCUGAAAAUGAAAUAGAUCGACCAAAAACAGCUCCAGUCAUGGGAGUCCGUCCCAGCUACGUGGCUCAAGAGCCAGGAGACACCUGGAAAGGUCGCCAUUCCACCACGACAAGCUGGGAUUGCUCCAUUCAUCACCUGUGGGUCACUGUAGUGCUGGAGCCUAUCCCAGCGGUCAUUGGGCGAGAGGCAGGGAUACACCUCCAUCGCUAGGAACACACCGCAAAGUGCCUGGAGUAAACCCACGCAGGCGGGAGGGAGAACAUGCAUACUCCUCCCAGACUGGUUGGCAGAGGUUGGUGACGACUGAUUACUUCAUACACUGGACCAGAUACGAUAUGAAGGUUUUUGUCUUUGGAGAGCUGUAGAGGAUCUGGAACAAAGGAUGAAUUGUAGCUGGAUGCAGCCCUGAACUGUUGGUCCAGCUUCAAAACAGACAUUUCAAACAUCUAAAUAGGAAGUCAAAGAUCUCACUUGAGGCUCUCCAGCUCAGCAGCACCAAGUGAACGUGACAGAUCACUCGUUGUUGUGACGCCAUGGCGAUGAAUUGGUCUGCUGUUUGCCUUUUGGCGCUGGCCCUGUGCAGCAGCUUCUCAGAUGCUCAAUGGCCAAAUUUUCAGCAGCCAUCGAAACCUCAGAGACAGGAGCCCACCAAACAGAUGCCUAAAGACCCCCAACAGUCAAAGCAGUCAUUUGAGGCACCUCUCACUUGGACAUACCCCGAAGACCCCAAGCCGGAGCCCCAGCCAGAGGUGCCAUUUGAGCUCCGACACCCUGUUCCUGCCGCAACCGUCGCUGUGGAGUGCAGAGAGAGCGUGGCUCACGUUGAAGUCAAGAAGGACAUGUUUGGAAUAAACCAGUUCAUCAACCCGGCCGACUUGACCCUGGGAAACUGCCCGGUGGUGGCUGAGGACUCAUCUGCUCAUGUGCUGAUUUAUGAAUCUGAGCUGCAUAACUGCCAGAGUGUGUUAACGAUGACGGAAGAAUCCCUCAUCUACUCUUUCACGCUGAACUACAACCCCAUGCCAAUUGGUGACUCACCUGUUGUGAGGACAAGCAAAGCUGCUGUGAUUGUCGAAUGCCACUACCCAAGGAAGCACAAUGUGAGCAGCUUGCCCCUUGACCCUCUUUGGAUUCCCUUCUCAACGAUCAAGGUCGCAGAGGAGUUCUUGUACUUCACUCUGAAACUCAUGACCGGUGAUUGGAUGUUCGAGAGGCCGAGCUACCAGUACUUCCUGGGUGACAUGAUCAACAUUGAGGCUACCGUCAUGCAGUACUUCCAUGUGCCCCUCCGCGUCUAUGUGGACAGCUGCGUCGCUACCCUCUCACCAGAGAUGAACUCGAGCCCCAGAUACGCCUUCAUUGAAAACAAUGGGUGCCUUGUUGAUUCCAGAAUCACUGGUUCCAAAUCUCAAUUCAUGGCUCGCGCAGUACAGAACAAGCUCCAGUUCCAGUUGGAGGCCUUCAGGUUCCAAGGAGCUGACAGUGGCGUUCUGUUCAUAACCUGCCACUUGAGAGCAUCAUCUGCUGCUCAUGCUGUUGACAGCGACCACAGAGCUUGCUCCUACGUCAAUCUUGGAUGGAGGGAGGCCAGUGGCAUUGAUUCAGCCUGUGGCUCCUGCGAAUCCUCUUCAUUUGGGCCAGCUGUGACCACAUCGGUAGCUUCACCAGGAGUCAGUGCUUCAGGUGGCAGCUGGACAUCCGGUAGUGGAUUGUCUCACACAGGAAGAAAGGUCCGCGAUGUGUCCGAAAGUGCAGUUUUUGAAUGGGAAGGUGAUGUCACUUUGGGUCCCAUCCCCAUCGGAGAGAAGGUGAUCAGUUAACUCAGCAACCCUCAGACGCCGUGAGCAUUCCAAUCUUCCAUGGUGGAUGAAUUGGUUUUGUUUGUUAUCCCCACCAUUCUCAAACACAUGUCCUCCGCUGGAACCUAAUCCUUAAAUAAAGUUCAUAUCAAACACAAGAGUGCUGACAGAAAAUAUCCUCAAGUCUAAAGAUGCAGAUUUAUUUUUGCAUUUCCCUUCUGUGUUCCCAUAUAAAUAUGUAACAUGCUGUAUGUGCUACAUCCAUAUGAUUGCAAAUCUUUCCAUUUGAUGGAAAUAAAAUUGCAAUUGUUUCACGA